GGGAACACCUCUCCAGUAUCUUACUUGCUCACCUUGUCCUCCUUCCCUCUCCUAGCAUGCAGGUCGCCGCCGCGCUGGCCCCCAAGCUGGAGUCCAGCUCGGACCGCUCCGACGUAUGCACGGGCAGCGGCUCAUCCGCCGGCUUUGGCGACACUGCACUCGGUAGCGCCAGCGAUGGCGCCCUUUCCGCCGUCGUCCGUAAGGACAGCAGCAGCACCACCACUACCGACGCCAGCACCAACAGCGGUCAUGUUUGCCCUAACGCCUCCAAGGGGGCACGGUCACCAGGCACUGUAAAGCUAGAGGACGAGGCCUGCAUGGACGACCAGAAGGUCAAGGCCUUCAUGAAGCAGCACGGCCUUCCGCUCUGUAUCCCCGAGCGCGAGCUGGGCAAGGGCGCAUUCGGCCACGUGGAAAUGGUGAUCAUCACCCUGCCUGACGGCACCACCAUCAAGGCCGCACGCAAGACCCUGCACGCGUGUGAGACCAAGGGCGCUGUGGCCGCACUACGCCGCAUACUGAACCAGGAGCUGAACGCGCUGGCCAAGGAGCACUUUGAUCGCAUUGACAACGCGCCCGAGCGCCGGCGCACCGGCAAGAACAAGGACAAGUUUGAGAUGCUGCCGUACCCCGGCAACACGCUCAUGGAUGAGGCUGACCUGAAGGGCAUGCUGCGUGCCAUGGCGCCCUUCAUCAAGCACCUGAACGCUCGCGGCUACAUGCACUUCGACCUGAAGCCCGCCAACCUGCUAUACGACAUCGCGCCUGAUGGCAGCAAGGUCUUCCGCGUGGCGGCACGCACCCGCGGCUUCUGGGCGUGGGAGACGUACUGCCAGCUGGAGGGCCUGGAGCUGAAGCACCCCAUCACCCGGGCCGCUGACGUGGCCUCCAUGGGGCUGGUGCUGGCGGACGCCGCCGGGCUGCACGGCCAGGCGGGCGGGACCCAGGCCUACCUGGAGUAUGAGCGCGACCUGCCCCGCCGCACGCCGCCCGCGCUCAAAGAACUGAUCGAGUGGAUGGUGGCGGAGAACCCCGCCGCACGCCCCACUCCGGACCAGAUCCUGGCACACCGAUGGCUGACGGAGUAGUGACGUGGCUAUUGCGAAGGUGACGACGGGUGGCAGAUGGCUCCGAUGGCACGGGGCAGGGGCGGUGGGGCACGCACGGCAUCAGCGGUUCCCCCUGCACGGCAUGGUUGCAUGGCACAGCUGGCAGGCCGUGGUGCGUCGCUAGGGCAUUGGGUUUGCAUUGAGAACAGUGGCUCAAUUGGGGACGUUAUACACCCACAGCAGCUGCAGGGGUAUUGCACUUGACGGGACGGUUGGGCUUUCAGCCUUCAUCCAAUGGCAGUGGACGCAUGUGGGCCAGGUCUGCGUUUGCGUUGUUUGUGCGGUGCUCACUUUGGCUCUCGCGUGCGAAUGACCGGUUAUAGCAGGAUAGUCGGCAAAAGUCUAUGUACUUGUGUGUUGUAGGACAUCCGUGUACCGCCCACACCGGUCGAACGCACGUGUAUGUUGCAUUUCCGGUAUGAAGUAGUACCUGUUGCAAUAGCAUUGAAGUGUGCAUGUACGUGCCUUGCGGGGUAGGACUGCCUGCUUGAGCUGCAGCACUUGACGGGGUGCUGUAUGCCGUGCCGCAAACUAACCAACGACAUGGUCUGGGGCGUUGGAUGAAUGGCGGGCGUGGGCAUGUGUGGCAGUGGUUGGACUGUGAAGCAAAUAACGGGUCGGUUGGCAUGGCUUGCGUAUGAGUUUCAUGCCUCGGCGCGACGUGACUUCAGCCGAAGCGGCUUGCGGUACGUACCGGCAGUCUUAAGCCCUCAUGGUUACAGCUCAACUGUAAGUAGCUUCAUCUUUCGGACCCGGCCAUUCCGCCAACCUUUGCAAGUUGCAACCCUAGUGCCAUCAGGCUAGCAGCUAGCCAGUGUGUACUGUGCUGCGAUGUCAGCACUUGUUGGACACAGCAUGUCCAGCCUGAACGCGUCAGUGUGGCCAGUCAUGAGUUAACACCUGUAACACCUGCCGCCC